AUGGGGGAGAAGCGGGCCGCGAGGCCCCAAAAUGCCAAUGUUCUUCUCAUGAUAGCUCUUGUUGCCAUACUAUUCAUCUUUACGUCUCCUGUAACGGCUGCUGGACCAGAAAUUGGUCGAGACUUGGAACUAACGAGACGGGCGAUACCCGAUCUUGGAGAACAAACCAAAUUGAUCAAUCUCUUUGGACGAGCUGCUGCUGUGGUUGACGAUCACACAUGCGCCAAGGGCCGUCCAUGCCUCAACGGAGCUUGCUGCGGUUCCAGUGGUGCAUGCGGUUACGGUCCUGUGUAUUGUGGUAUUGGGUGCACCUCCAACUGUGAUGCUAAGGCCGAGUGCGGUCAGUUCUCUGCUGAUGGCAAGACAACGUGCCCGCUAAAUGUGUGCUGCUCUCAGUUUGGCUUCUGCGGAUCGACAUCAGAAUUCUGUGAUCCUAGCUCUGGGUGUCAGUCUAACUGCGGAACGCCUCAAAGUCCUGGAUCAGGAGGCAAUGUUCGCUCUCAGAUUAUAGGCUACUAUGAAUCGUGGAGUUCAUAUUCUGGUCGAUGCGGGUCUCUGAAGCCUUCUCAGCUUCCCGUAUCCGCUCUCGAUAUCCUCAACUUCGCAUUUGCAUAUAUUAGCCCUGAAACGGCGCAAAUCAUCCCUAUGGUAGGGGAAGAUGGAAGCAGUCUGGAUGACCGCGAGGCGGACAAACUUUACAAAGCGGUCACUUCUGCCAGAUUUGGAAAUCCAAAGACAGGCUUUUGGCUGGCCUUGGGAGGAUGGACUUUCAAUGAUAACAACACAAUCUUUCAACCUGUAUUUGGUCAAAUUGCGUCCAGUGGAGUUUUCAGAAGUCAGUUUGCCGAAAACCUAGUCGCAUUCAUGUCCGAAUAUGGGUUUGAUGGCGUUGAUAUCGACUGGGAGUAUCCAGGUGCUGGUGAUCGUGGCGGCACCAAGAACGACUACGAUAAUUUCCCGCUACUCUUAAAGGCUAUCCGUCAGGCAUUCAAUGAUCACGGCCAUGGGCGCUGGGGUAUUUCUAUUACUGCCCCAAGCUCAUAUUGGUAUUUACAAUGGUUCAACCUCGGGGAAUUGGUCAAGCACGUCAACUUUAUUAAUCUUAUGAGCUAUGAUCUUCACGGCAUCUGGGAUCAAAAUAACGAGAUUGGUAAACAGAUCUUGGCACACACCAAUCUCACCGAAGUUGAUCACGCGCUGGAGCUAUUCUGGCGUAAUAAUGUUGACCCAAAGAUGAUCAAUCUCGGCGUCGCCUUCUAUGGCCGUUCGUACAAGCUUGCCGAUGCCGCUUGCAGGCUGCCAGGGUGCAGAUUUAGUGGCCCUGGUGACAAAGGAGAAUGCAGUAACACCGAAGGCUAUCUUUCAUACCGAGAGAUUAUGGACAAAAUAAAGCAGGCUGGUGACUCAGCAGAAGAAAUCUGGGACGAGGUAGCUGCUGUGAAGAUGCUUGUCUACGAUAGCAACAACUGGAUCUCAUACGAUGACAGCACCACAUUUCAACAGAAAGUAGAUUUUGCCAACGAACGUGGUUUGGCCGGCCUGAUGAUCUGGGCUGUUGAUCAAGACGACGAUGGUUUCAACGCACUACAGGGACUUACAAACAAGAAUGUCGAUUCUGUCAUCCCGGAGAGCGAUUUGAUGGGUGAAUUUGAUAUCUCACGUUGUUAUAUCACCGAGUGUGGAGGCGAAUGCCCAAGGCAAUCGGGGCUUAAGGAAAUAACGAGGCUGAAUCUAAAUGAACAAGGAAAGGGCUGUCCCAAAUCGGGCAAGGAUUCUCAGCAGCGUGCCUUGUGCUGCCCUCCCUGGGGAGCGCCAGACCCAGCAACGUGUUACUGGACUAAGAGUUGCAAGGAUAGAUGCGACGCGGGCGAGACAACUCUAGCCCUCGACGAUUACGGUGGAGGUGCUUUUUGCUCCGGCAACCGCAAGCAGUUCUGCUGUCCGGCUUCAAACAUUAACAGAGCUUUGGGCGAGUGCCAGUGGUAUUAUGGCUUCGUAACAUCCUGUCCCAAAAAGGAGAAGCCACAACUGCUCGCUGCUCUUGAUUCAUCAGUAUUGUGCUGCCCCAAAACUCCAAGGUUCAAAAGAUCUACUUGCAAUUGGUAUGGUAGCUCUGUCUUUUGCAAUAACGCGAACUGCCCUGUGGGUAAAAUUACAGUUGCGCGAACUUCAAGGGCCACUCCCCAGCGCCAAGGUUGUUACACUGGAGGCUUAAAGUCUUACUGUUGCGAUUCGCCUUACGGCGGCGACGCAGGUGGGACACUACCUGUUGCUCUGGACCAUCUUUUUCCUGAGUAUCAGGAGAUUCCUGCUGAUGAUGAAGCUGUAUACCAAGAAGCCCUGGAUAGCACCUGGUCAUGGGAUAUUGACCCUGACACUACACCGUUCGCUUGGGUCGUAAUGGUCGGUCCCCCGGAAUCUGUACAAUCACUUGAUAAACGGGACGGGUCUUCCCUUGAAACUUUCGAUUGUCCCAACCCAGAUCCCGGAGAUUACAGCGUGCAGACCUUCAGGGCUAUCUGCUUAGCUGAAUCGGAAGAUCACGAUUGUGAGGAUCUCCUUCUCGGCGAUGGCGCCUACGGAACUAUCGCUCGCCUCCCUAAAUCGUGCGGACCAGACGAGUGGGUUCGCGUCGUUGACUUCAAGGAAAUCCAUAACUCGACUCUACCGCAUCAUCUCGUCAAACGCUCGACGCCCUCCUCUAAGGUAUAUGAGAUCAAAUACGAUUACCGCAUUCGCGAUGUCGCCAGUGACGAGAUAUUUGUGCGAAUCGAUACUUCCAGCCAUGAGCACUACUGGAGCAAAGUGGUGGCAUCAGAGCUACAGACUAAAAAGCGCAGCGAAGGCGAUCUUCAAAACAACAAUGGUACCAAGAAGAGGUCUGAUAUCUCGGACUGGCGCGAGCCUCACAUGGAGUGGUUCCGCCAGCAUGAGCUACGAAAGCGCGGCGCGGGCAAUGACGGCUGGUGGAAGAACUUGUUCAACAACCUCCUAACGGACGGCUCCGAUGUCAGUGGUGAGAAAGCCAGCUAUAAGUUCAACCAAGUUUUGUACGAGGCAUCCAUCAGCUGUCCGCCAAACUUUGAUGCGUACAUAUCUGCUAGAGUCGCCGGUUCAAUAUAUGCUGAUCUCGACUAUGGAGUGAGCUUGAUUGGUAGAGUCAAGGACACCAAAUUCGAACAGGCCUUUGCCUACUUUUCAAUUAAGGAAUUUGGGGCAAAUGCACAAAUCUAUCUCGAAGGCGAGUCACAGUUCACCUUUGAAUCACAGGAGGCUCAUCUGCUUUCCAACUUCGCGCCUUGGGGGGGGAGUUUCAAUAUCAAAGGACUGGUAACUAUUGGGCCUUUUAUGGACUUGACAGCGCAGAUAGACGCCAUUGCAACAAUUUCUGGGUUCUUUGGAAGCGGUGUGAACAUUGACAACACAGACCCGACAACUGGCAAGACUUCGCCAUUGACAUGGAUGUACCCACCCUCGAUGGAAAGCCUUCCAGACCCUAAAGCGAUUUUUUCGGGCAUGUAUCCAUCCUCUACUACUAUUAGACCAUACAGGAAGGUUUCCGUCGCCGCUCAGGGUUCUGUCGCUCUCACGCUCACCCCGAGUAUAUCAUUCAAGGUGCAAAUCGAUAUCAACGGCCUUCUUCAGACUAAUACACACAUCACCGCUGCUUUCCCCAACCGUAUGGUCGUUGGGGCGGGUACUUCCAACACUUGUCCCAAUGGCCUGCAGUACAGGAUGGACUACGAGCAACAGUUCAACCUCAUCACCAACACAACUUCUCUGGGUUGGGAUAUACCCAUGAAGAAGAUCUACCAGGCAACCAAGCAACUGUUGCCACCCCAAUGUUACUCUUUCACUGCAGACAGCGUCACCCCAGACAGCAAAUUGAAAUCCAGAGCUACAGGCAACGCAACAGAAAUUUCCGGUCUACACUCAAUUCGGCCACGCGCUGAUGGGGACGAUCAAGGGCCAGCCGUCAACCCACUCUUCCCUGAUCCGCGGGGAUCUUGUUUGGUAUGCCCGAGGGACACGUACUUUGCGAGCGGCGUCUGUAGCGACUUUUAUGAUCAGGAUGGCAAUCCGAUUAAUCAAGAGUGCAGAACAAUUGAUGAUGAUUUCGCAUCAAAGAAACGCAGCAAAGAUACAGACCCUAAGUCCUUGAGGCCAGAAUACGAGAGUAUCCUACGAUGGUUCCAAAAGCGAGGAUCGAUUGUCAAGCGUGCCAAGGACGCAGUCACGAUUUGUGGGAAAGAUGGGAAAGGUAGGAAAGAUGGGACGCCUGCAAUCAAUUUCGCUAGACUCAACUUCCCGAGUUCGGGUACCUUGAUCGGUGGUUAUAGGGGCAAAACAUACAAAACGUAUGCGCCUGAUAAUGCAGGCGACUUGCACAACUACGACUUUAAGCAGCAGCCGUCGAUGCCUCCUCCCACUAGUUCCAAAAAUUACGAUGCAGAGCAUAUACUCGUGAUACAACAUCAGCUCAAGCAAUUCUUUACCAAAGUGGUAGAAUACAAACAAACCGAAAAGGAUCCUAAGGCCCCCCCAAAACUCAAAACAUACAAUAACGCAGCAAGUGCAAAAUUUCAAGCUUCUAAGACCUUGAAGAAGGAUGCCUGGGUCAGGAAGUCGGAGUGGACCUUUUGCGAACAUCUGGCGUUCUGGCUGGAUUCGAUCCCCAUGACGGCCACCUGGUACGACCAACUGGUGUACCAGGAUGGAGCUCUCAGCCAAACAAUGUUUCAGUCGCUUCCCAACAACAGGUUUUAUUUUGAAGAAUUGGUUCUGCUAGAUGAGAAAACAAACGGAGUCAAACAAGCGGCAUGGAACCCAACUGUAACUUUCGUCAGAGACAUUCAAAAUUGUAUACGAGCAAAUAACUACCAGGGUGCGAUUUGUUAUAUGCGCCAGCUUAUCUUUGCAAUACGUUAUCAUCAAUUGACGACUGCGACACUUAAAACCCAAGCCCUCCGGGUCGUUGACUUUCUGGAAAAAAUGGAAAACAGCGCGGCAGUUAUGAUAGACCCUGAUUACGUCACUCGACCAUAUGAACGCCUUGGCUUGGCUAGCUGUUUCAAAUACUUCAUGUUCGACAAGACUAGACUAGCAGGCCAGAAGCUGGGGCAGAUAGAUGAAGGCAUGAGGGACUUGGCUAAGAUAUUUGAGCCAGCAGCCCCUGGAACGGCAGGCGGUGGCACCACAACGGGCGCGCAGCAACUCAACCCGGACAUUAAGCAGCAAUGGGAGGAGCUCAAGGAGGCGUAUUUUGGCUUGGGGUCCUGGUCAUGGCGCCCAAUCCCUUUGAAACCAAAUGACCCUUCUCACAAUCCUUUUGAAGAUUGGGAGACCGAGACUAAGUGUUACGAAGGCCAACUUGAAUGAAGGCGAGCAAAUACAGAAGCUUGUCAAAAUAUCAAUUGUCAUGCUACAUCUGCAUGCUAUGUACUUAGAAAACUAGGAGAUGCUGGUGGGAUAGCAUUCGAUUACCUUAAAAGUGUAUUAAUGAGCUGUAUAAGAUGAUAAGCUGAAAGAAAUAUGAAACAUUGG